GGAUGCAGCACCGGGAUGCGCCGCCGCGGUUCCCCCCGCCUCCCAACCCCGUACGGGCGCAAGGCGCCGGUGGGGGGGGGGGACGGGACACACCGCGGCGGCGCGCACGCUGCCUUCAUCCCCCCUUCCUCCUCUCUUCCUCCUCCUCCUCCGGGAGCGCGCUCGCCCAGCCGGGAGCGAGCAGCCGGCGGGAGGAUGCUGCAAACGGCGGCGGAGCCGGGCGGCUGGGCAGGCAUGAAGCGACCCCUGAGCCCGUCUCACAGCCCUGAGAGCGGGGUACGGCUGGUGGAGGCAGCCAGCUGCCCGCCAGGCCAGCCCGAGCAGCGCAUGAAACGGGAGAAGAAGCACCAGUCGUUCACCCUCUGCGAGGUCUGCAACAUCCAGCUCAACUCGGCCACGCAGGCGCAGAUCCACUACAACGGCAAGUCCCACCAGAAGCGCCUCAAGCAGCUCAACAAGGGGAAGAUGCCGGCAACCCAAGGUCCCUCCGGACACAGCAGCCCCCUCUUAGCAUCGUUGCCCAUUCCCGGCCGUCCCCUUCAUCCCCCCUUGGACAUCAAGCACUUCUUGACCUUCAGGCUCAACGGGACGUCACCGCUCAACCUCUUCCCCAACUUCAACACGAUGGACCCGGUGCAGAAGGCGGUGAUCAGCCACACUUUCGGCGUGCCGGCCCCGCUCAAGAAGAAGCAGUUCAUCUCCUGCAACAUCUGCCACCUGCGCUUCAACUCUGCGAACCAGGCAGAAGCUCACUACAAGGGCCACAAGCACGCGCGGAGGCUGAAAGCCAUCGAGGCCAUGAAGAACAAGCAGAAGGUGAUGGGGGCUGUGGCGGUGGCCACCAGCCAGGACGGGGCCACUGACUUUGUCCCCAGCCCCGAUGGCAAUGGGGAGCCUGGCAGCACAGCUCAAGCCAACGGUCUGCAGGAGCCGGAGGGGGCGUGCAGCAGCCUGGCGCUGACGCCCGGAGCCGAGGAGUCGCCCACGGAGCUGUCGGGCAGCGUCACCUCGCUGGGUUCCCCACCGGCCUCGGAGCUCUCGGAGGGGACCUCGGAUGUCACCAGCGUGGCCUCCUCGGCCGCACAGGCAGCGGAGGCGCAGGCGAUCGAGUCGGGCAGCAGCGCCAGCUCGGUCCCCGAGGGUGACAAGGAGGGGAAGAAGAGCAAACAGCACCUGUACUGUCCCACCUGCAAAGUCACCGUCAACUCCCUGUCCCAGCUGGAGGCUCACAACACCGGCGCCAAGCACAAGUCAAUGCUGGAAGGUCACGGCACCCAGUUGCGGCGAGGCCGAGGCAAAAUCCUCUCCCGGGCAGGGCACAAGUCCAAGCGGAUCGGCAACAAGGGCAGCAUCAACAUCCAGAACAAGGCGUUCCACUGCCAAGUGUGCGAGAUCUACGUGAAUUCAGAGACCCAGCUGAAACAGCACAUGAGCAGCCGGCGGCACAAAGACAGGCUGGCGGGGAAGCCCCCCAAGCCCAAGUACAGCCCCUACAACAAGCUGCAGAAGAACGCUGCCCUCGCAGUGAGUAUUCUCAAGUCCAAACUGGCUUUGCAGAAGCAUCUCACCAAAACCCUGGCCACCCGCUUCCUCCCGAGCCCGCUGACCGCGGCCGCCGUCUGCGCCAUGCCCGGCCCCCUCGCCCUGCGACCAGCCGCCGCCACCACCCUCUUCCAAGCCCCCAUCCUCGGACCAGCGCUUUUCCGAACGCCGCCGGCCCACGUCCGCACCACGCCGGGCCCCAUCGUCUUCGCCCCCUACUAGAGGGUCCGUUUGCGGUGACCGGGCUGUGCUGUGGGGUGAUGUGCCCAGGCAGGCUGCUCUUCUGGCUGGUGGGAAACCAUAGUCGUAGACAUCAACCCCGGCUCUUCCUCCACUUCAAGAGUGCUCCUGCUGGGGUGAGACACCUCGGCAGAGCCCCGCCACGCAGCCCCGCCACUCCUUGCAGCCGUGGCAGCCCCGCGCUCGGCAGAGGAGCCCGUCACACGGCUGCAUGGUGCAUGGGAAAGGGACGGUGCCCCUGUCACCAGGACCAUCUCGUGGCCAGGGACUGCUUGUACUUGGCCCGCUGGUUCCUUGUUCAUCGCCCUCCCGGUUAUCAGACUGGAAGAAGAGCCGCCAGCUGCUCCCUGGGGGAAGGAGCAUCCUGUGGCCGGUCCCUGCCAGCCCAGCGGGAAAGGAGCUGCCAGCUCCCAGCUCUAACUGGGAGAAACGACCCCAGCACAAGCAGAAACGUGGCAGUUCCCCUCUCACAACGGGCUGGCUGUGCCUGUGUCUGUGCUGGCUGGGGGUGUCUCUGCCCCUUGCACCCCACAACCCGCUACGUCCCACCAGCCAAAGAGCCCCCGCGGCAGUGGGCGGUGGGCACCCUGACCGUAUCUUCACUCCGAGAGCAAUAGCUGAAGCCCAGGGCCGGCGACUCCUCCCUCCAAAAGCACACUGCCCCUGCCCUGGACCCCCAAAGCACACGCUAACAGAGACGGGCUCCCUGAGGUGGUGACGCUGUGCUCAGCGCCUCCGUCCUGCAGUCCCGUCCCUGCCCCCCGGGAGAUGCUGUGAGGCUGAGCGAAUGUCCCUAAAGCACUUUUGGUUCUCUGGUGAAAGGCAAUGCCUGGCCAUCCAACCCCAUCCCCGUUAGGAGCUUCCAGGGAGUUCAUCAUUCCCAAAAACAAAGUGUCCCCAGCAGCCCAGACAAUCAGGUACAAAGAGCAGGUGGCACCCGCAGCCCAUGGCCGGUGCUCUCCCUGCCACGUUCCUGUUGUAGCCUGCGGGAAACCGGGCGCCGGAGGGACUCCGACGCCGUAGCUCUGCUUCUCACUGUGCUCAGCAAGCCCAGCGGAGACCUGGUCUGAAAACGCUGCUGUAAAUAGAAAUAUGCAGGAAAAGCCGCAACCCAAAUGGACCUUCCGCUGGAGUGACGGCCCCCCCCGAUCUAUGCAAUCCAGGAGGAGCAGCUCGCCCGCCGCAUUUGCCGUCUGCGUUUUAUUUUGGUGCUCAUGCAGGAGUGGUGGUCGGAGCAGAAAAACAAACCCAGUGCAACACUGAGCUCUGUGCAGACGAUUCCCUUCCUGUCCCCUGGCCCAGGGUGCUGGCGCGGAGACCUCUGCUGUGACCCACCUGUCCUCCCAGCCCCUGGGAUGCCACACGCACACUCAUCCGACGUCUUGGCCAGAAGCAACGCCUGGAUUUCAGGAGGACUUUUGCCCGGUGUGCUCCACCGACGCUCAGGACAGGAUCCUGGCGAUGGGAACCGGCCAGUGGGUAACUCACACAGCUGAAAUGCUGCUGCUUCCCAGAGCUGGAGCCCCGGGCGAGGGCAGGAAACCUGCGCAGAGGGAGCGGGGCAGCGCGGGGCCGUACGCCUGCGGCUGGAGGGCAGUGGUGACACCGCCGUGCUCCUGUCACCGAGGACAGGACUGCGAGUGAGCCGCUGGGUGUGGAUCCAUCUCCUCUCCACCCCAAGGGCUGGGAAGAGAAGAGCGAGAGUUUGCGGAAGGCUGGAGGUAGAGACAACCGAAAGGUCUUACGGUGGUGGGAGAUGUGGCUCAGAGCGGCCGAGGGAAGGAAGGCUCCCAGCAGCAAUGGCUUUGGCAGGGACAGGGAGAUGGUCCCAGGGGACACGUGCAGCCUGGCCAUGUCCCACGGGAGGGACGCAGCCUCGCGGUGCCAGGCGGCCCAGCCCCAGCCCUCCCGCUCAUCCCACUCUGCUGUUCCCCAGGUCACCUCACCCAUCACCUCCCAGCCCUGGCCACAGCAGAGAUGGGCAGCGUGUCCCCUCCUGCAACGCGCUCACGAGCGCAGGGAACAGCCGCGCUCCAGCCCUCAGCACUAGUGGGUCGUUCCCCCGCAUUUUUGUUCUAAAACGCCUGUGCUGGAGCCAGCAGCAGCUGCUCCCGUUGCCCCCCCCACCAGUGGGGUCCUGAUACACUCCUACACUUGGCACUUUAACCCCUUGAAAGCCAUUCCUUCGAAUAACAAUAAUACUUGCGACAAGCUGCGUAAGAACACGCUCCCUCUACCGCAGCCCCCGCUCCCGUGCUCUCCAAAGCAUUUACUGCCUUUGAUUAGCAGAUGCUGUACUAGGUAGUAGGGCGUAGUGUGUAGCGCUCAAUAACGUGUGCCCCUCUGUAAAUAACCUUGGAGUGAUGUGAACAGUUUGAUUCAGAAAAAAAACAACAAAAAAACCCACAAAAAUGGAAUAAACAGACUCUAGGGACUUGGCCAGUACCCCUCCCGUAAUGUUCAUUGUAUAUUUUUUUGAUGUACUAUAACUGUUGGGGAAAAAAAAAAAAAAAAGGAAAAUAUUUUGAUAAUCAAAUCUCAUUGCUUUAUUGUGUUACUCAGUAAAUAAAAGGAACAAAUAUAAACAA